AUGGUGGCUGUCAAAACUGUUGAGGUUUCGGUUUUACCUACUGGCUAUCUUUGGCUGCCAGACCGAUGGAUAUUCGCAGAUGGAGAUCCAUCAGUACACCACUUAUCUCCAGAUUACAGCUUUCUCAUUCGUCACCCUUCGGGCAUCAAUGUUGUUUUCGAUUUGGGCAUGCGCAAGGAUCUAGACAAGAAUCCAGCAGUCAUACGCGCGGACUAUGCCGCUAUCGACCCCUAUGUACCCAAGAGUGCAUUUGACCUUCUUGAGGAAGGACCUAUAAAAGCAAAUGACAUCGAUAUCGUGGUACUUAGUCAUCUGCAUUUCGACCAUUCUGGAGAUGUUGCCGAGUUCCCCCGGGCACAAAUUCUCGUUGGGCCUGGAUCAAUCAAUUGCAUAAGUCCCGGAUAUCCUAUAGAUGAGGCUUCGCCAUUCGACGGAACCGUCCUCAAACACGCAGGUCUCACGGAAUUGAAGAAAUCGCAAUAUCAAAUUGUCGACGCGGGAACUGUGCCAACAGAAUUUCCCUUUGAAGAGGGAAUUAACCUGUUCGGUGACGGGUCUUUCUGGAUUCUGGACGCGCCAGGACAUAUGACAGGGCAUCAGAUGGCGCUGGCAAGGACUGGUCAAGAUGAGUGGGUAUCAAUGGGAGGAGACUGCUGCCACCAUCGAGAUUUACUUGAUAACCCUCGUCGCGAUAUUAGCAUAGAUGUGGGGCCAAACGGUCAGCCUGGUUUCCACAAGGACCCAAAAAGGGCGAAAGAAUCGAUCAGGAAGUUAGAGCUGUUACACUCUAAUGUGUCUGUGUUCGUUGCCCUUGCACAUGACGCACAGAUCGAUGGCAUAGUACCUGUCUACCCGGAAUCCUUGAAUGGCUGGUCCAAUGAUGGGCUUAAGAAAAGAGUGAGAGGAACUCCACUCACUCUAGACGAAGUAAAAGCUAGAUAUUGGUGA